GUUCAAAUUUAACUUGCUAACGGUGUGCCUGCAAAGAGGCUAACGGCUAACAAAGGCUAGCAAGUAAACACCAGCGAUAACGAAGACUUCCUGUCAGGACUUUUCAGUAUAAACCAUGGACUCAAGUGUUGUAGUUAGUUAAAUUCUUACUAACGUUACUUUAUCCAAAUCUUCUGUUUAUAGAUAAAACAAAAAUUGCUGUAUUCCAUCGUUUAAAUCGAUUAUUUCCAAUUAAUCUUAAUUUGAUUGUAAAUAAGUUUUCAUCCAAGCAUGCAGAACCAAGUGCUUCACAUUGCAAAAUACGAUAACGCAGAAUUGAAAAAAUGGUCCAACACUUAAAAUAACAAUAAAACUGCUAAAUGUUAAUAACUAAAUAAGUCACUGAAAAAUGAAAAACCUUUUACUUGAACUCUUACAGUGGGAUGCUCUUAUGUUGAAGGCCACAUCCAUAAUAUCCUGUAGCCGUUCGCUAACUUUCCGCCGUAAACAAACCCCGAAGGAGCCCGUCGAGCUGCGAAGGCGCCACAAUGUCCGUGUUUAGCGUUUUGUGACGGAAGGAGCGCACACCAGCGACCUGUUUGUUCCUACACGCGGGGAAUACGAGAACGGAAAAAACGCUUCAGCCGCGCAGGGAUUUCUGCCGGUGCUAGCGUGCUAACGUUAGCUUAGCAGAGGCUCUCGCAAACCUACACGCGAUGUCGCUGGUGGACCUCGGGAAGCGUCUGCUGGAGGCGGCUCGCAAAGGUCAAGACGAUGAGGUCAGGAACCUGAUGGCCAACGGAGCGCCGUUCACCACCGACUGGCUGGGGACGUCUCCGCUCCACCUGGCUGCGCAGCACGGCCAUUACUCCACCGCCGACGUCCUGCUGAGGGCCGGUGUCAGCAGGGACGCCCGCACCAAGGUGGACCGCACGCCGCUGCACAUGGCGGCCGCCGAGGGCCACACGGUCAUCGUGGAGCUGCUGGUCCGGAGCGGCGCUGACAUCAACGCCAAAGACAUGCUGAAGAUGACGGCGCUGCACUGGGCGGCGCAGCACGCUCACCACGGCGUCGCCGAGACGCUCAUCAAGCACGGCGCCGACGUGCACGCGCUCAGCAAGUUCGACAAGACGCCCUUCGACAUCGCCGUGGACGUCCAGAACACCGAGCUGAUGCUGCUGCUGCAGGAGGGAAUGCAGAACCAGGUGAACAUGAACCAGGUGAGCAUGAACGUGGAGACCAGCAGCACCAACCAGCCGCAGUUCAUCAUCCAGGGCAUCCCGGGCAUCCAGGGGGGGGUGGUGAACCUGGCCGAGCUGCUCAACAAAGCCAACGCAGGCGACUCGGAGGAAGCGAUGGCCGCCAACGCCCUGGACUCCAACAUCCAGCACGCCACCGUGGUCAACGAGGGGGGUCAGAGGGUCAUCACCAUAGUGACGGACCAGCACGGCAACUUGCAGACCACGGGAGGGAUGGCUCCGCCCUUCUUCGUCACCAUGCAGCACGGACAGCAGAUGCUGGCGGUGCCGGCCAACGCAGUGACGGAGGAGGUGGUGACGGAGGAGCCUCAGGCUGCGCCCUCCAGGAAGAGGAAGCUGGAGGUGACCAACAACCACGACUCUGGAGAAACGGAGCUGCUGCAGAGGCAGCUGCAGGAGGCCAACAGGAAGGCCCAGGAGUACCGGCAGCAGCUGAUGCGUAAGGAGCAGGAGGCCGAGGAGUACCGGGUCAAGCUGGAGGCCAUGUCUCAAACUCAGGCCAACAACGCGGCCGUUGCCGCUGCCAACGCGGCCAGCCCCGAGGAGGUGGUGGGGGGGGAGGAGGACGAAGAGGAGCCAGCCGGCAUGGUGGAGGAGGAGGGGGAGAUGGUGGUGCUGCAGGAGGGAGGCAUCAUCAUGGAGGGGGAGGAGGGGCAGGUAACGCUGGUGGAGACGGGCGGAGACACGACGGAGGUCAGCUCUUAACAGGGAGGUGGGGGAGCGGGGGGGUGCACCAUAAAGACUCUCCAACAAAAAGACAGCGUGGAGGACGAGGAACAAAAUGGCCAUAAAAAACAAAGAAGACGAAUGAGCAGACGUCUUCAGCAGGAGGAGACGGAGCUGGUGCCAAAUGGACGGAGGAGACGGAGGCCAAAGGCUCAUUGAUCUUCUGUUUUAGACUAAAUCACAGCAUGGGGGGGUUGACGGCCAUGUUUGUUCCUCGGUUGCGCUUCGACGCACCAUUUUGCUUCCCCGGAGAAUCGAAGGACUCACAGAGCAGGAAGUCCGACAGUUUUCACCUGUUUGUGUUGUUUGAUUUAUGGAACUUGGACGGUUGGUCUCCUUUAAAUCCCUUUAUUCCCUGAUGUUCCUCUGAUGCCGUCUUUUAAACCUCGCUGCAUCCCAAACAAACCUGCUGGACUCUUUGGACACUAAAACAACUCCUAAUAAUUACUAACAUUUAGUGUUUUGGAUCUGAUGUCAUCAUGUUUAACGGAGGGGAAGUGAUUCCAAACGGAGCGACUGAACCAGAUCCAUCAUGAAAACCUUUAUUCACAAAUUAUUAUUUUAGCAAAAUCCACCUUCAGCUCGUAAUUGUUUAUUAUAUAUUCAUAUUUUGAAGAUUAUUACUUAGUUUGAAAGAUUCCCACAAAAUGGAUGUUGCCGAAGAGCAAAACUGUUCCCAUUGAGCAGCGUUUGGAAGAGAAUUCCCGGCUGUGGUUCUGUUAAUAAGCAUCUUUUAAAGGGGCACCGACCGGCGUUUCAGUUGAGUACGAUAGUUAUUUUUAUAAGCUCAGCAAAACGCAAACCUUUUUCUAUGUACAUAUAAAGUCGUAUUUUUGUAACUGUACCUGAACGCUUCACCGUGACUACGACAGCGAUGACGAUGCCUCUGCUGGUAACCUGGAAUAUAAACACUUUUUUGAACUUUGUUGUGUUUUCAAUGCGUUGCACCGGGUCUCUGUUCCUCGUAUCAAACGCCCCGUUAGCCAGAUGACGUUAACCAGAUGAUUAACUCUCGUCUCGGUUCCUCAGAGGCUGAUCUGCUCAAACCGUCUCCAUAGUUUGGACCAGAUGUCAUCAUGAUAAUCGCCAGAAGUCGAUCACCGACGAUCAACCAGGCAAAUAAACUUAAACUUAAAUAUGA